AGAAAAAGGCAAAACCGAAAAUAAAACAAGAGAAAAGGAAAACCCCCCUCCCCUGGGCCAAGGCCCAGCUGGCCAGGCCAGGCCGGCCCACUCCCCACGUCGCCUCCUCCUCUAUUCACAGAGGGGGACGUGGGCAGAGCCGAUGCCCGCCACGGCACCGGCCGACGCCGUGGCGGCCAUCCGGCCGGCGACCCGAGCCUACGAGACCCCGGUGCCCCUCUCUAAACCUAGCCGGACCCCCACUCCCCCUCCUCGCGCCCCCAUCUCCCUCCCCUCGUCUUCCCCGCGGCGACCCGACGCCGUUGCCCGAAGGUGCUGUCGCCGUGUCGCCAUCGUUGUCGUACAUGUUGCCAUCGGCCACCUUCGUCGUCCGUUGGCGUCCGGGAGGUUCACCGUCAUCCCCUACGUCGUCUACGCACCACCGUUCGAGCCCGGGGCCACUACAUCGAGCGGAUCGAACUCUUCUUCAACCUUCGUCCACCGGCGCGCCUCCGUCGACUCCGUCGUCGCCCUGCGCUCCGGGCCCUCACCGAGCCUUUCGUGCGCUCCCCGAUGCUGGAGCCCUGGAGCCAGAUGCCACCGUCGACAAUGAUUCCUACUACACUGGAGG